AAAGGUAAGACAUUCAAAGGAAGAGCCUUGAAGGUGUCUUGGUAUCGACCUCCAUUGACGCCUACAUCACCAGCAACAGCAGUACCAACUACACCUACGACUCCUACAGUGCUCAAGAAAGUAGAGGAAGAGUUAGGACUGGAUAUUGAUGCUGAACUGGUAAGAACUCUAUGAAAUAUAAACGUUUUGUGUAUGUGUAUGUGGUGUCCUAAACAGAGUUCUAAAGUGAUAACAAUAUAAAAAUUAAAAUUUGAAAUUAUAGGAUUUGUCAGGAUAGCCUGAAAGAACAACAUCCAAGAGGCCUACUUGCCAAAAACUGGCAUUGUGGGGCAAAUUGUCUCUGAGAUAUUAAAUCCUUCUAAAUUUGACCUGGGUCAUAACGUUAUGACAUGAGUCAAAUUUAUUUAUUUGUAAAGACCAUAUCAAUGCGCAUGCAGGGAGCCUUUCAGAACUCUUUUCCUUUGCUGUUAGACAACGGCUUAUUUCAGAACAAUUCAUUGUCUUUUUUUAAGGGGAAACAUGAAUUUGAUGCGGAUGCAGACGAAGCUUUGCUUCUUGGAGAAGAUUUUGAUGAAGAGGGUGAAGAAGAAGAUGAACGAUCGUGGAAAAGAUAG